AUGAAUUAAAUGGCGAUCAUCACAUCAUCAGAAAACACGUGCUUUUGUAGUAAAAUUAAUUAUGAUUUUUAAAUUUUAAAUUCAUUUUAAAAAUUUAUAAGAGGAUUUAAUAAAUAAAUAAAUACAUAUUAUACAAGUGUUAGUGUAUUAAAUAAAAUGCCUGAAACAAUGAGUGAUAUAAAUAGUGUAAAAAUGCCGGAAAGUAAAAUAUUUAUAAAAAAUCGUGCUCUAGGUUAUGUAAGUAAUCAUAUACCACUUGUAACACGUUACAUUAAACGAAGAAAGGAUAAUUUAAUUGUAACUUGUGUUGGAAGGGCAUUUCAUACUUACAGUUGUUCUCAUUUGAGUCUUUUGACAGUAUCUGGUAGUCAUCCAGGUGAUAUAACAUGUUUAGCUGGUGAUACAUAUCACGUGUAUACUGCCAGCGAGGGUAAUAUUUAUGCCUGGCGUCGAGGAACUGAAUUGAAGCAUACGUAUGCUAAACAUAAUUAUCAAGUACACGCAUUAUUGCCAUUUGGACCAAAUUUACUGUCCGUUGAUGAUGAAAGUAUUUUAAAAGUAUGGGACAUAAAAACAGAACAACUUGAAUUAGAGUUAAAUUUUAGUAAUAAUGUAUUUAAAAUAACAACAAUUAUGCAUCCCAAUACUUAUAUAAAUAAAAUACUGUUGGGUAGUGAGCAGGGUAAUUUGCAGUUGUGGAAUAUUAGGACGUCAAAGAUGAUUUACAAUUUUAAUGGAUGGAAUUCAACGGUAAUGGUUGUUGAACAGGCACCAGCAUUGGAUGUUGUGGCGAUUGGAUUGGCCAAUGGAAAAAUUAUUUUACAUAAUUUAAAAUUAGAUGAGACUGUUUUUCAACUUAUUCAAGACUGGGGUUUAGUUACAUCGAUAACAUUUAGAACAGACGAUCACGAGCGUCCAAUUAUGGCUACUGGUAGUCUUUCUGGUCAUAUUGUUUUCUGGAAUCUUGAUGAGAAAAGAGUUGAUUCACAGCUUAUGAAUGCUCAUUCAGGACCUGUUGCUGGAUUACAGUGCUUGCCAAAUGAGCCAUUGAUUGUUUCGUCUUCACCGGAUAACUCUCUGAAAGUUUGGAUAUUUGAUUUAGCUGAUGGAGCUGCUCGACAAUUGAUUGUUCGACAAGGACACUCUGAGCCGCCAACUUAUGUUAGAUUUUAUGGAGACGACGGUCGUAAUAUAUUGACUGCUGGUGGUGAUUCUUCAUUGAGAAUAUUUUCCACUGUCACCGAGAUAUUUAAUAAAAGUUUAGGCAGAGCGUCAUUUAACAGAAAAUCAUCAAAAAAAAAGAAACGUAACGUUGAGGAUAAUCUUAUAAUGCCACCAAUCACGGAAUUUGCUUAUGAAAAAACACGUGAAAAAGAAUGGGACAAUAUUGCUGCAUGUCAUUUGGGUUUGGGUGUUGUCACCACUUGGUCUUAUGAUAAAUUAAAAAUGGGAGAGCAUAAAAUAUUACCUGAACGUUUUUCGAAAAAUUUUAAUGCUAACGCAACAAGUGUAUGUUUAACACACUGUGGAAAUUUUGUCGUAAUAGGAUAUAAUACAGGUCACAUUGAUAGAUUUAAUAUUCAAUCGGGGCUACACAGAGCGACAUAUGGAGGUGAAAAAGGUGCACACCAAGGUCCCGUUAGAGCAAUCAUGGUCGAUCCACUCAAUCAAUAUGUUGUUUCUGCUGGACGAGAUACUAAAAUUAAAUUUUGGCCAUUCAAACCUAAUAAAGAUACUGAACCACAAACAGUAUUGACAUUAAAUGAAGCUGUAAAAUGGGUAAGAACGCAUCCAGAAAGUUCUCUUAUUGCGUUAGCCCUGGAAGAUUUUACCACUAUUUUAAUAGAUUUAGAUACCCGACGUUUAGUUAGGCAUUUUCGUGGUCAUACUGGUCACUUAACUGAUGCUACAUUUAGUCCCGAUGCUCGAUGGCUAGUAACUGCCGCGUUAGAUUGUACUAUACGAACCUGGGACAUACCAUCUGCUCAACCAAUUGACGUAUUUCAGAUACCCGAGGCUUGUGUAUCAUUGCAUUUUUCUCCUACCAGCGAAUUUUUAGUAACAGCUCAUAUGAAUAAUGUAGGAAUUUAUUUGUGGUCGAAUCGUACAUUAUAUUCUCAUGUGUCAUUGAAAGCAUUACCAUCAAAUUAUUCAAUACCUUUGGUUGGAUUACCAAAAAUAGCUUCAGCACCCAAUGAUAAUGAUACUGAAGUAGAAAAUAUGCAAGUUGUUGAUGAGCAAGAUGACGACGAUGAAAAUAAAUAUAUUUCACCGGAUCAAUUAGCUUCGAAUCUGAUAACAAUGUCAUCAUUAGCAAACUCACGAUGGCAAAAUCUUCUCAAUAUUGACAUAAUAAAAAAACGAAACAAACCAAUUGAACCUCCAAAAGCACCUGAGAGUGCGCCAUUCUUUUUGCCGACUAUAUCUUCAUUGGAAGUUGAGUUUGAUUUAUCUGAUGUUAAUAAAAAUAAAAAUAUCGAUAAUAAUAGUAAAUUACUUAUACCAAAUAAUUUUAGUAAUUUGACGUUAUUUGGUAAAAUGUUGAAAGACACUAUUGACAAUGAUGACAAUGAUUUUUCAAAAAUUAUUGAAAGACUUAAAGUAUUGGGACCCAGCUCGAUAGACUUGCAAGUACAAUCGCUUUCAUCAGAUUCUACAUGUUCAGUAGAGAUAAUGUUGCAAUUUAUGAAAAUGAUUAAACAUAUGAUGAUGAGUAAUCGCGAUUUUGAGUUAUCUCAAUCUUAUUUAGGUAUAUUUUUAAAAAUUCAUGGUACGGCUAUACAAAAUGAUGAAAAGUUAUUUAAAUAUUUAAGUAAUCUGUCGACUGUACAACGUAAAAGUUGGAAUUUACUGCGUGAAAAAUUAUUUUAUAAUAUAAGCGUUGUACAAUAUUUAAAAAAAAUGUAAAAUUAUUAUUUAUAAAUAAAAAUA